AUGGGCCAUAUUGUUCACCCAAAACGGAAAACAAAGGCAAUGCAUAACAUUUUACUCCACGAACGUCGUCGACUCUCAGCGCGACAGAUGCUUGGUGCUUGCAUAAUGACCGGAAUGCCAUAUACAAAAGGUGCUCGCUUUCUUUCUCUUUGUGGAACUAAGCCCCCUGUGAAGAGUGGUGUCAUGAGACAACAGAGAUUUUGUGACGAUAAGAUUAGAAGACUUAAAAGUAUUUCCCUAAUGCUGUCGAGAAAGUCCUUCAGUGGUUACUUAUCCAUUGAUGCAAGAUGGACGCACAGGCGAAACUCGCCAAGUUGUACAGUAACUGCGCUCGAUGCUGUCACAAAAAGAGUUCUUGCAUGCGUGAACAUCAACCAUAUUGGUGGAAACAGACAGCAUGCUCAGUAUUCCGGAGCUUCCAACAAUAUGGAAAGUGCUGGAACUCGAAUCAUCUUGAAGCAAUUAAAGAAAUACAAUAUCUUGAAAGAUGUUAAAGAGAUUAUUAAAGACCGAGAUAACAAAAGUGUCUCUGUCUUUAAAGAAUUUGGCGUCUCUCAUCUUGAAAGAUUCGAUCCAGGUCAUGUAUCAAAAAAUAUCUCAAAAGAUUUUACAAAGUUCUCAGCUUCUCAUAAGACAGUUGAAGUUUUCAACGACAAGACUCAGAAGAUUGAAAAAAUAGAGAGACCUUUCUGGGGUCUGA